AUGAAGAUAUUAUCCCUGAGAUUCAUGAUGACACGGAGUGUCUUGGUGGUGUUGGGCUUGGUCGUCGGGUCGGCCCACAGCAGCUGCCUGAGCGGAGGCUGUGGCGGAGGAUCCUCUGGUGGCGUCAGCCGCUCCUACGGAGGACCACCAAUAGCUUCGGAGGAGGAGGCGGAUCCUUCGGGGGAGGAUCCUUGGAGGCGGAUCCUUCGGGGAGGAUCCUCUGGAGGUGGAUCCUUCGGAGGAGGAUCCUCUGGAGGCGGAUCCUUCGGGGGAGGAUCCUUUGGCGGUGGUUCGUUUGGAGGUUCUGGAGGUGGCGGUGGAGGAGGAAUAAGUACCAGUUAUGGAGGAUCAACCAAUAGCUUCGGAGGAGGAGGUGGGGGUGGCUCCUUUGGGGGAGGAGGAUCCUUCGGAGGUGGUGGCGGAUCCUUCGGCGGUGGGUCCUCUGGAGGAGUAAGUACAAGUUAUAGCGGACCAAGGAAUAACUUUGGAGGAGGUGGUGGCAGAGGAUCCUUCGGCGGAGGCAGCGGUCGCUUCGGUGGCGGAUCUACUGAAUAA